GAGCUAUAAAAGCCCCUGGACUGCCCCAGCGCAGCCACUGGGAGAGCUCCCAUUGUCGAAGUUGUGCCGAGAAGAUGAUGCUCUGGGAGUUCCUGCUGCUGCUGCCCCUGCUUGCAGGGAGCUCAGCUCUGGACUGCAUUGAGAUACCGGGGUCAUUAAAGCAGAUUGAUGCCAGUAAUGGGCAUGUGUUUGGAGUGAACAGCGCAGGCAACAUUUACACGCUGUAUGGAGACAGCUGGGCCCAGCUGCCAGGCUCCUUGAAACACGUCACGGUUGGUCCUGCCGGAGUCUGGGGUGUGAACAACAACAACAACAUCUACAAGCUGGUGGGAGGAAGCUGGCAACAGGUCACAGGGCUGCUCAAGCAAAUUGACGCAGGUGGAGACAUGUUUGUCGCUGGUGUCAACACGAAUGAUGACAUCUACUGUCUGUCUCGUCCAGCAGUGGUCUCUGCGAACGGUGCCUCUGCCUUGCCCUGGGUCAAUAUUGCAGGAAAGCUGAAGUACUACAGCUGUGGUUUGUGGGGCUGCUGGGGAGUUAACUCAGCUGAUGAUAUCUAUUUCCGGUUUGAUGUCACCCCGGAUCCUUGUGCAGGAUCCAGGUGGGAGCAGAUUCCAGGCAAGCUGUCCAUGAUUGAGGUCGGGACCGAAGGCUCUGUCUACGGCGUGAACAGUGCAGGACAAAUAUAUCGCAGGGAUGGAAUCACUAAAAGCAACCCCAUCGGCACCACCUGGACCCAGAUGGCCGGUUUCAUCUGCAACUGCAAACAUGUGUCCUAUGACCUGGGCCAGCUGUGGCUUAUCACUGACCAGGACAAGAUUGUGAAAUGCCGGACCUAAAUGAGACUCCCACCAUCUCAGCCUCACAAAGGUCCCGGCAUGAUCAGCUCAGAAUAAGGAACCAGGGCCAAGUUAUUACAC